UCUCUCUCUCUCUCUCUCUCUCUCUCUCUCUCUCUCUCUCUCUCUCUCUCUCUCUCUCUCUUUCCUGUAUACCUAUAUCUACAGAGGCGAGAAGAAGGCACUCGAGUCUGCGACGGAGUAUAGAGGCUCGAAUCGAAUAUAUCGGAGCAGAGACGGGAGCGGGGAGAGAAAAGAGCAAAUAAAUAAAGCAGCUACGAGGAGGUAGUGCAGUCCCUUGGGUAGGCAUUAUACACCUAUAUACGCGCAGGAGUACGUUUGUCUCGCUCUCGCUCGCAGCCGCGCGUACUCGCGCAUGGAAAAUCGAACGGCCAAUGGGCGCGCGGAGCAUCCCUCAGUGCGCGCACAGCAGCGACGGCGGCCGCAUCUCACUCGUCGACCCUCUCAUAUACGUACUCAUCUCCUGAGAGCACUGGUAUAUGAUACAUAACUAUAACUUACGAUCAACCAGUGUGCGCGUGUGUACGUGCGCGAGACGUCGCCCUGCAGUUACCUGGCCACAGCUGUGCGGUCUAUCAUUUUGUCUCGCUCGACUCGCUGAUAAGAGGAGCGGCCCGUGUGCUCCAAAUUAGGCGGCCCUCCCACGGCAACAACAACACGCCGUCGCCUCGGCUGACGCUGCCGCCGCGCCAGUUACGCUCGGUCGCGCCUCGCAUUCAAAGCGCGCCCUCGCUUUCUCUCGAUAUACAACUUUGGCAUACAACAUUGACUCCUAUCCGAGUGUCUGACUGCGUCAACUCCUCGUCAACGUUCGGGAACGAGAGCUAGUGCGCCAUGCCAGGCUCAGGAGUUGCUGCUAACUCGUUCGGACAGCUGGCCCAACAAGGCCAGGCUAGAGAAUGCUGCGAGGUCAGUUGAAGGACUUUACAUCCUGGAUGGCUUGUCUUCGUCCAGAGCCAUUCGAGCCCAAGAUGUUUGGCUCUAAAACGAGUGGCACCAGUACUUUCUACACGGAUUUACAUAUCACGGAUGACAAGGACUCGCAACCUGCAUCCGGCGAAUCAGAAAAGACUGGAAAUAGAAAUUCACGAUUGCUAGAGCAACAAAGUGCAGCUAGCGAAGAUGGAAAUUCACAGGAUUCAGACUCGGUUGGCGGACAAGAGGAGCAAAAUCAGUAUCCCAGACAUUCCUUCCAUAGGAUUGCUAGUUUUGGAGGUUUCCCCAGAUUUAGGCCCUUUGUCAUGUCUACAGCUUCAGCAGUGUGCACAGAAGUCAAUACAACACAGGAGACAUCAAUUGAGUCAUCUUACACAAAUAUGUCACACAGCGUUUUGGAAUAUAGAAGCAGCAGAUAUGUGGUCCAAGAAAGUUCUUAUCAAAACGAUUAUGCAGUUAGUGAAUCAGAAAGCGACGAGGAGUCUGAAGAGACGAGAUCUUCAGAAACGGAUUCAGCCAUUGUUGCAGAUCACGUCGAUGACUUACUCGCCGAUCAAAGGCUGAGAGCUAGAAAGAGUUCUAUAGAGGCAAAAAGAAAGAAGGCCAGGCAUAUCGCGGACGAACUAUUGACUACCGAAAAGAAGUAUGUCAACAUUUUGUACCUCAUCGAUCAGAUCUUUCAAUUUCGCGUCGAUCAGGAGAACAGAGCUCAUCCGAUGUUCCCACCGGACACAGUUCAGCAAAUGUUUUCUAAUAUAAAGUCGAUCUACAAGUUUCACAAUGACUUUUUGUUGCCUCAACUGGAGACGCGGAUAGAGGCGUGGGACGCAGAUCCAAGAAUAGGGGACAUCAUGAAGAACUUUGCUCCGUUUUUGAAGAUGUACACGGAGUACGUGAAGAAUUUCGAUUACGCAAUAAAUCUAAUAAGCACGUUGCAACAAAAGGUUCCGAGGUUUGCCGCUAUUAUAAAUGAGAUUCAAAAAUUGGACGAAUGCGCAAAACUUUCCUUAGCACAUCACAUGCUCAGUCCCAUUCAGAGAUUGCCGAGAUAUGAAUUACUGUUGAAAGAUUAUUUAAGAAACCUUGUUAAAGAUAACCCAGAUUAUGAAGAUACCAAAAAAGCCCUAGAAUUAGUAUCAACUGCAGCGAAUCACACAAACGAAGCUAUGAAGAAGAUUGAUAAAUUCAAAAAGCUUUUGGAGAUCCAAGAAAGUAUUUACGAUUCGACCGAUCUAGUCAGUGCGACGCGUGAGCUCGUCAAAGAAGGAAGAAUCGUCAAGAUUUCAGCUCGAAGUGGAGAUCACCAAGAAAGACACAUGUUCCUAUUUAGCGAUAUUCUGUUGCUGUGUUCGCUGCGACUGAUACCCGGACCCUUGUACCGUUUACGCGCCAAGUUCGCUAUCGAGAGCCUACAGGUGAUCGAGGGCGACAACCUCGAAACCGCGAACACGUUCUAUCUUCGGGGCCGAAACAAGAGCGUUGAGCUCUACACACAUUCUGCCACAGAGAAGGCCGCGUGGUUGGACGCCCUAUUCGAAACCAUGCAGGAGAUCAUGCGGCGCAAAGCUAGUCUAAAAAUCGGCAAUGCUAACACGGCUCUCCUCAAAGCGGACGACGUCACCCGUUGCAUGGUUUGCGAGGUCAUAUUCUCCGUUAUGAAGCGCAAGCAUAACUGUCGGGCUUGUGGAAUCGUCGUUUGUAGCAAGUGUUCGAAUCAGAAACUCUUAUUCGAGGACAACAAAAACAUGCGAGUGUGCCGGCUCUGUCAUGCGGCUCUGACCCAACCGAUGAGCAAGUCAACUUCACCAUCCUCACCAACAACCGGCAGCAACGGUCCGGUGCCCAGUCUGCUACAGGUGUCGGCCGCUGCAGCGUCCGUUCUAUCGGGUUACCUGCUCCUCAAGACUCAGGCGAGCAAGCCCUGGACGAGGCGCUGGUUUGCUCUUCACAAUGACUUUGUUCUUUAUACUUUCAAGACAGAGUCAGAACGCACUGCGAUGACUGCUACUCCUAUGCCUGGCUUCACCGUCACCGAGGGCACGGACUUACCCGACGAAGACGCUCUCAACGCCAAGGAUCGCGUGCGCGCUUUCAAGAUUCAUCACUCGCGGAAGUCGUAUUAUCUUCAAGCUUCGUCACAAACAGACAAAGAGAGGUGGCUCAAUGCAUUACAAUUAGCCACAAAAGCGGAACUACCUCAAGCCACGGACGAAGUCAAAGACGCACAACCAGAAAGUCAAUAAUACCAUGCCGAAGACAAAAACUAUAAAGUAUUCUGCACUGUAUUAAGCAACUUAGCCAAUUUCCAUAUCGCGUAAAGAGAAGUAAUGUUCAGAAAAUGUAGCACAUAAGUGUUGGCUAAUAGUCGUAUAUUUAAGUAUUGUUAAGUUACGUUUUUUUUUCUUUUUUAACGGCAAUCAUUAUACAACAUUAUUAAAUUCGUAAGUAUCUGACAAAUUUUUUGACGACACGUUGUGCCGUAUGUAUGUACAAAAAACGGAAACUACAAAAAGCAUCAGUCAAUUUUGUAAGUUUAUACACGCGAGUAUAGUUUAAGCUUAUUUGUUAUGCUAUAUACAGCGUACACGUAACUUCGAAAGUCAUGCGUUACGCAGUUGAAGAGUAAAAUUUUUAUCUCGUCUAUACAACGCCACUUUUAGAGUCUUUAUAUAUCGUGUCCGUUUAUAAAUAUAAAGGGAUCUUUUACGACCACACAAUCACCGGUCUAUUGACUACCGCUGUCAGGGCGCUUGUUAUUUUUGUAAUAUUAUGUUAUAAUCUAUUUAAAUAUUAUAUACGUCGUUUGAUCAGCGAAAAGAAAGAAGAGUAACGCUAAGAUAGAGUCGAUAGACUGUAAUUGAUAGUGACUAUUAUUAUAUAUAGAUAGAGAAAAUCGCGCUGGGUUGAGUGAUUCAAUGUUGAACGAGAGGCAAUUGAAUUUUUAGCUUUGGUGUUUUUAUCAGCAGCUCGCAAUUAUCGAAUUCUGUGAUUUAUGCAAUAAAUUCAAUUCGUCCUGGUAUUCAUGAAAUACACCGUUUUAAUUUGCUUUUUUAGUUAUAGCUUGCACAGGCCUAUGUAAAUAUGAGUUUUUAAUUCUAUAAUAAAAGAAUAAAGUGAACUUUGCAGUCAAUCUUUAUGAAAUAACAACACGCGGAAUAGAUCGAGAAGCAUCUUUGUUCCAUCAGUUGAACUUGCGUACUUUGUAUUAUUUUCUUCGCAUUAAUGAAAAGGAUAUUAUAUGUAACUUUAGAAAUAGAAAACACGACUGAUUAGAGAUGUACAAACAUUCGUUCAUUGCAAUUUCCAGGUGGAUUUUUCCACCUAAAAAAAGAGAACAAUAAUAUCAUUUUACAAUAAGACUCCUAACUUAACAAUUAUACAAUAAACUCUUUCAUAAAGUUUGACUUAAGAAGAUAAUCUUUAUUAGAAACAUGAAAAAUAAAAAACUCGAGUACUGUUAUUCAUUUAAA